ACCUUUAGUUGAAACUGGAGCAGGUUGGACCAGUUUGCUCCUCCUCUCAUUCAAUCUAUGGACAGAGCAGAGCAUCUCACAGUCGGAGCCCCUUCCAUGUGCAUCAAGCUGCUCCCAUUCCCUCCUGCUUUUAUUCUGGAUACAAACCCUGCAUGGAGCGGGAAUACCCACAACCAACACAGCCCCAAAGUUUGGGCUUAAAAUCUCUGGAGCCAAGAAUUUGUGGUGGAGCCAACUGUUACGGACCCUGGGGUGCUGUAUUCUCCCAAGACUUUAAUCAGGAGCCCAGCUUAUUUAGCACCCACGGGAUACUAAUGUAUUUCUGUCUGACCCCUCCGUCAUAGAAUGAACACGCACAAUGGGAGUCCCAUGAUUUCCAUAUGAAACAGGCAUUCUUCCAAGAAAAAAUAGAGAAUAAUAAAAGAUCUAUUCGGGUUCCCUGAGGAACGUUGAAGGCUUCAGCACCACGGACAGGCACAAUCGCCCAUCUAUAGCAGCUUCAGCACCACGGAGAGAGCUCCGCUCAGCCUAAUGGACAGCAGGACCCCGAGAGCAGCACUUAAGGGGCCGGCAGCCGUUCCUCCCAGCACCUUUAUAAAAAUAUAAUGCACUCUGCUUGGCUUCUGCAUUCUUCCUCAGGUUAGCGUCCCUCGAGAGCUCGCUUGAUUUUUGCCAACGAAACUUUAAACAAAGUACUUUGGAAUAAUCGUGCUGCAUCUGGGCGCAGCAUGAAGAAUUGCGUGGGAGGAACGCUGUCAGUCAGGCAUGUUCUGUGCUGGAUCGUCGCAUGCACCGCAGUGUCGUGCAUGGAGAGAACAAGAACGCACGCGGAGGAGCGACUCUUCAAACGUCUGUUCACUGGCUACAACCGGUGGUCCAGGCCCGUCCCAAAUACCUCGGAUGUCGUCAUUGUCAAAUUUGGCUUAUCUAUUGCUCAGCUGAUAGAUGUGGAUGAAAAGAACCAGAUGAUGACAACAAAUGUCUGGCUGAAACAGGAGUGGAAUGAUUACAAACUGCGGUGGAACCCAGCUGACUACGACAAUGUAACCUCAAUCCGAGUACCUUCGGAGAUGAUCUGGAUUCCUGACAUUGUACUAUAUAAUAAUGCAGACGGGGAGUUUGCAAUAACACACAUGACUAAAGCUCAUUUAUUCCACAACGGGAGAGUGAAGUGGGUGCCUCCAGCCAUCUACAAAAGCUCCUGCAGCAUCGACGUCACCUUCUUUCCCUUUGACCAGCAGAGCUGUAAGAUGAAGUUCGGCUCGUGGACUUACGAUAAAGCUUGGCUUGACUUGGAGAGCAUGGAGAGGAACGUGGACCUUAAGGACUAUUGGGAGAGUGGAGAGUGGGCCAUAGUCAAUGCAGUUGGAAAGUACAAUUCUAAAAAAUAUGACUGUUGCACUGAAAUCUACCCGGAUAUCACUUAUUACUUUAUCAUCCGGAGGUUACCUUUGUUCUACACCAUCAACUUAAUCAUCCCCUGCCUUCUAAUUUCUUGCCUUACUGUGCUGGUCUUUUACCUUCCAUCAGACUGUGGGGAAAAGAUUACUCUCUGCAUCUCAGUUCUUCUCUCAUUGACUGUCUUCCUCUUGCUUAUAACAGAAAUCAUCCCUUCCACCUCGCUGGUUAUCCCAUUAAUUGGGGAGUACCUCCUCUUCACUAUGAUAUUUGUCACUCUCUCCAUUGUUAUCACGGUCUUUGUGCUUAAUGUCCACCAUCGAUCCCCUAGUACUCACAAGAUGCCACUUUGGGUACGUUCUGUGUUUCUGGAUCAUAUACCCAGGUGGCUGUUUAUGAAGCGGCCUCCUGCCCCGGUGGAAGAAGUAAUUAGCCAAUAUGACACACCAGAACUCAAGCUCAGCACAUCCAAGUAUUGGAUGGAAACCAAUGUGGAUGACAAGUGGGGGGAGCCAGAAGCAGAGCUUCAAUCUUGCCACGUUCGUCACACGACCACCCAUAACCAAAGCCUCCAAUAUCGAUAUGAUUAUAAUCAUCAUGUCUCCGGGGGGCAAAGUCAGACUCCUCGUCAUAAUAGCACAGAAACAGCCGAAUCCAGUUUCUUGUUGUCUCCAAGUGUCUUGAAAGCCUUAGAAGGAGUACACUAUAUUGCAAAUCACCUCCGGGCUGAAGACGCUGACUUCUCCGUGAAAGAGGACUGGAAGUAUGUGGCAAUGGUAAUCGACAGAAUAUUCCUAUGGAUGUUCAUCAUUGUCUGUCUGCUUGGGACAGUUGGACUCUUUCUUCCCCCUUUCUUGGCGGGAAUGAUAUAGGACUGUACUACUAGAGUGCUAGACAUCAGUCUUCUAUUUAUGAUCAGCAAGAAGACAGAUGGAGCCAUUGCUCUCAUCAUGGACACAGGGAGCAUUCAAAAUAUAUAAAAACUCUCUCUUCGGAUCCACCUUGGAGAUGCAACCAUUAGCAAGGCUUUUCCUCAUGAAUACUAGAGAUGAUUGAGAUAAUUUUUGGAUUAUUAUUAUUAAUAUUUUAUUACAAUUAGGUAAUUUUAUGACAUCCCUCAUGUUCAAAGGUUUAGAAUGUGGGAGCUACGGUGAAAGUAGUGAUGGGACAAGAAAAGAACUGGGAUUAUUUUUGGAGACAAUGUCUCCUAGGACACAAUGGACAAGGGUUUGAGCUGGAAAUACAGUUUGUCGUUCAGUAAACUUAUAUUCUCAUUUGCACCCCAAAAAUCAAAAGCAAGCUUGAAUAUACUGACAUCAGGUAUAGUUUAUUAAACUAUGUCCUUUUGUA